CAGAGAAGCGGGGGACCGCGCCAAUCAGGGCGAGCAGCUGCAACUCCGCCGAGCAGUUGGGCUACAGUUGUUUUAACUUUUUCGAAAGCUUGGUUUCCCGGGAGAUCCCCGGCGGUGACAGUGCCGGGCCAUGGCUAGAGGCAGGAAGAUGUCCAAGCCCCGCGCGGUGGAGGCGGCGGCGGCGGCGGCGGCGGUGGCAGCGACGGCCCCGGGCCCGGAGAUGGUGGAUCGGAGGGGCCCGGGGAGGCCCCGCACCGACGGGGAGAACGUGUUUGCGGGGCAGUCAAAGAUCUAUUCCUACAUGAGCCCCAACAAAGGCUCUGGAAUGCGUUCCCCCCUUCAGGAAGAGAACUCAGUUGCACAUCACGAAGUCAAGUGCCAGGGGAAACCAUUAGCCGGAAUCUACAAGAAGCGAGAAGAGAAAAGAAAUGCUGGGAAUGCAAUACGAACUGCCAUGAAAUCAGAGGAACACAAGAUCAAAGAUGCCAGGAGAGGUCCCCUGGCACCUUUUCCAAACCAAAAAUCUGAAGCAGCAGAACCUCCAAAAACUCUACCCUCUUCCUGUGAUCCUACCAAUGCAGCUGCUGCCAAGCAAGCCCUGAAAAAGGUUCUCAAAAGCAAACCAGCUCCUCGGAAAAAAGCUCAAGGAAAAACGCAACAGAACCGAAAACUCACAGACUUCUACCCCGUUCGAAGGAGCUCGAGGAAGAGCAAAGCUGAGCUGCAGUCGGAAGAAAGAAGGAGGAUAGACGAGCUCAUUGACAGCGGGAAGGAGGAGGGCAUGAAGAUUGACCUUAUUGAUGGCAAAGGCAGGGGUGUGAUUGCCACCAGGCGAUUCUCCCGGGGUGACUUCGUGGUGGAAUACCACGGGGACCUCAUUGAGAUCACUGACGCCAAGAAGAGAGAGGCGCUGUAUGCACAGGACCCCUCCACGGGCUGCUAUAUGUACUACUUCCAGUACCUGAGCAAAACCUACUGCGUGGACGCCACGCGAGAGACAAAUCGCCUGGGAAGACUGAUCAAUCACAGCAAAUGUGGGAACUGCCAGACCAAACUGCACGACAUCGCCGGAGUGCCUCACCUCAUCCUCGUGGCCUCUCGCGACAUUGAGGCGGGGGAGGAGCUGCUGUACGACUAUGGCGACCGCAGCAAGGCCUCCAUUGAGGCCUACCCGUGGCUCAAGCACUGAGCACCGCCCUCCUGCGCAGGACUAAGUGCCCUCAAAGGGAAAGGAUUUUUUUUACACAUUUAAUCUUAGCAGAUUACUUCAGAUGUUUUUUAAAAGAAAAAGUAUAUUAAGAUGCCUUCUCACUGUAGUAUUUAAUAUCUGUUACAGGUUCCUGAGUGGGCUUGAACAGAUGGCCUUAUAUUACCAAAACUUUUAUAUUCUAGUUGUUUUGUACCUUUUUUGCAUACAAGUGGAACGUUUGUGCUUCCCGUGCAUGCAGUCCAGGACUCAGCACAGGUUUUAGAAGGAAGAGUCAGACAUGAACUAGGAAGCUGGGCCAGCAUGCCUCACCCCUGUCCUGGGACAGGCAAGGGUGCAGCGCCCCAACCCAACCCAGCCUGGACGGGACGUCUCCAAGCUCUUGUUCUCCUCAUGUCUCGACAGGCGCACAUUGAAGUAUGAAUAUUUUUUAAAAAGGUUUCCCAGUAAGCUAGUCUUCCCCUCUGCUUUCUCAAAGCUUAUCAACCCAAGCCGGCCGAGAGCAUGGCUGGGCCCAUAUGCGCUUCCCCAUUGGCCUCUGCUCCAGGCCCCUCGCUCGCAGCUUCAGGGUGGAGGCCCCAGGGGCAAGGCACUGCUCCACACGCCUGGGCAGGCCUUCCUGAAAUGGGGUUCUUUAUAGAAAUGUGAACACUGAGUUUAUUUAAAAAAUAAUAAUAAAAACUUAAAAACAAAAAAAUUCAAAAACAAACCCACAGAAAACAACUUACAUGUAUAUAGGUCUUGCAGUGAGUGAAGUGGCUGCGUUUUUUUGUUUCAUUUGGGUUUUUUUUUGGGGGGGGGGUUUUGUAGAGGAGAAUGAGAUGGUACUCUAUUCUAAUCAAAAAUAAAAUUUUGUAGUGGGACCAGAAAUUACUUACCCAAUGCCCCACCCGCCCACUUGUGCUGGGUUGGAGCUCCUGGCCUGCUGUGGAGGCCUUCUGCCUGUCAGAACCCCUGGUGUCCUGUGAACACAGCCAUGAGCUGGAGCAGGACCCGAGGAGCCCCCCCCGGCCACCCCCGCCAGCCGUGGCCUGGGAUUGAGGGUACGCUCAGGUGUUGAGGGAGUGUGACAGCGGGUGGCGGGGGCUGCUUCCUCCCUCGCCAGUAGGGACCAGUUCUCUUAACUGCUCGCCUCCAGGCCAGGGCUCCUGCCUGCCCUGAGCCCAGGUAAAUGUGAAUAGAGACAGGUAUGAGAAAUGGCCCUUGUCCUCGAUCCCCCAUCCUGGACUUCACCACGGUGCUACCUAAGAAAGUCUUCCCCCCCCACCCCGCUAGCCUGGUCAGUGGUCAUCAGACUGGAGGAGGAUCCGAUGAGGGUGUGUAAAUGUGAGAUGAAAUGGCUUGGUUGUACCCAUUUGUGGUUUAGCUUUGUACUUAAGCAAACAAAAAAGGAAAUAAAACUUGAAAAUUAUUUGUCAUCAUAAAAAUGAAAAAAAUUAAAAUAUUUAUUGCCAGGC